AUGUCACUGAUACUAGAACUCCGGUUCAGGUCUGUCUACUCAUGUUUUCUGUCGUGUGGAAUUAGCACUUUGUUGUUAGUGCUUAUGGUGUUUUUGCAACACAUAGGCUUUUGUGCUCCUUGGUUUUGGAUAACAGAUACGUUCCUUAACCUUUUUGUCACGUCGAAAAUCUUCUUGUUACUACUAAAUAUUAUAGUUAUUAGUUUAACGACGCUCAUGUUUCGGGCUCGACUGUCAGUGACGGACCGUGUUUUCCGUAAUACGUAUCAGAUAUGUGGGGCUUUCUUCAUCUGGAGCGAUUGUAAAAUCCUUUUUUCUAGCAUGAUACUGGGUGCAAUAAAUAGUCUGGUAGUAGCCAAACUCCUAGCAACUGAGAAAUACGGGUCGUUUUUUGAAUACAAUCAUUUUCCUUCCGUGAACCAAAGAGCACUUAUACUUACAACUUGUGGAGCUUUUAUGGGUCUACUGUUUUGUGUCACAGUGCUCGUCAUGAAUAAACUGACGCUUAACUACUCAUAUCCAGUUGGCAACAUAUUUGUGAUAACAAAGGAGCAUAUGUUUACUCGUCUUCUCACAACCGUCGGAAGAGUAUUAUAUUUCUUGCCGCUCUAUGCAGUAUGCCCUAAUCCAUUUUGGCAUCCCCAAUGGCUCUCCUUUAUUUGGCUUAUUUUGGAUAUUCGGUUAAUUAUUUUGAUUCUGAUCACAACCUUUCACCUCCAGUUUUCGUGGAGUUGUGCGAUUGAUGUCCUGAAGUCGCAGUUUCAGAAACCUAUCGAAAUCCCGUUAUCCUCUGACCUUGACCCUUCCAAUUCAGUCCAAGGAGUUCUAGGUGCUUGUGCUAAUCCUUUAGAACAACAUUUGGCUUUGGAAAGAUUGGCUGAUUUGGUGGCUACCAAUCAAAAUGUGAGGUCUUCCAUAUUUUCGCUCAGUCACUUGGGUGGUAGGCCUGUAUUAUGGAGGCAAAUAAGUAAUUUAUGUUUCCAGUUAAUUGAGCAGUUUGUGUCAAGUGCUCAUGAAUCAAAUACUCGUGGAACAAACCUGUUAAGUACACCUCUUUGGCCCAAAAAUAUUGACUUUAAAUAUAGACAGUAUCUACCCUCAUCAUUUGAAUCAAGUCUGCGUCAACGCAACAGCGUUAAAGUAAAACAAUUGUCUGCUACUAAUGGAAAUGUGUCUAAUAUGCAACCUUCCGGGUCCAUAAUUGCUCGAAAUUUAAUAAAUAUUGGUCGCACUCUGCUUUCUAAGUUAUACACACGACUAUCUCGAACACAACUGUUCAGUAUUUUAUCUUCAGAAAUACCCUAUGCUUCGACAGCACACCUUUUCUCAACUGCUACAGAUAUUGAACAUGCAGGCGACUUGGACAUCGAUAGACCGCUAGCACGAACAAGUGGUCAAGUUAUUAUCUGGGCAACAGAAAUCUUAGCUUGUUUGACACUGGCCGCGUACAAUGAAGACCAAUUUGGAUCGGUUCAACAGUCUCUUGGGCGGAUCUUACUGCUUUUUGUAGAUGGAUUAGAGGCAGUUGAAAAGCAUUUGAGGUUCGUCGGUUUGCUCUCCACUCAGUACAAACAGUCAGUACACUGCCCAGUUCCUGACAGCUCAUAUACAAGCACAAUGUUAUCCGCUGGACAUCUUCAAACUCCAUUAAGAAGUUCGAAGCGACUUUCAAGCGAUUCAUUCCUUUCAAAUGAUUUAUGUAAAUUAACGUAUUAUCGUUUUGCAUCCGAUGCCAGUCUACCAUGGCGUGUUUAUGCAACGUUUUGUUGGGCUCUAACAAACUGUCUAAGUCAAUAUGAUGGCUGUUUUGCGUAAGUUCCGCUACUUUAUUAUAAAAAUUGCUCCCUCCUUAUGCAUAAAAGUAAACAGACUACUUUGCUGAUCGAUUUAUAUAAAAUAGCAAACUUAUGCAUUGCUAAACCUUACAUUAAUAAAGCGACCUGUUAUUGAAAUUGAUAACUUCAAGUGGUGUUUGCCAGGGUUGCCCGGUUUUCCUGUGUCGACUAAUUCACUCACGAAGUCUCGGUACAAAUUAAGAAAGCCCGCUUGAAUUUUGUCGAAUCCCACCACUUGUGGCGUAGGGCAGAUAUCUAUCUGCCAAUCAAACGACGAGCUUACUGUGCAACAAUUCAUUUCAUUCUACUUCAAGGGUGUGAAAGACAUUAAGAAUAAAAGACAGUCGUAGGUUACUAGUAUUCGAUCAUAAGUGUCUUCGAAGCAUUGUUCAUGUACCUUUGGAUUACCGAGUAAGCAAUGUUUGGGGUUAGGAGUCAAGUAUCAGGUAAGGAUGGCCAAUCGGCACCAGUCCAUGAAGCCAUCGAAGAUUUGACUAAGUCAUGAUAACAAGUAUGAACUACCAGGAUAGUCUCCGUGUGAUUAUCGCAACCGGUGAUUAUAGACUUCAAAUGACAUGUCUCAAAAUCGUUUGUAAUGCCGCAGGUCCAUCCACUUUUUUUCUUACUACAACUUGUAAGCUGUAUAUAUACAACGAGAAAACCAUAUUCCUGUCAGAAUAAUUAGUAAAAUUGAAUACUGUGCAACAACUGAUUGUGAUACAUAGCUAAAGUUGCCAAAGCUAAAACAACCCCAGAGGUAAAACCAAGUUGAUUUUGCAAUUGGGUUGGAGUUCAUGUUUCACGAUCAUAACUAGUACAUUUUUUAUUAAAGAUAAGGCUGGUUGUUACUACGUUGGGGAGAGCAAGCACAAACAUUUAAUCAGAAUAACGCGAAUUAAAUCCUCGAAACUUAGUCGUUGCUUUACUCAAGAUAGUUAGAACUACUU